CCAACUAAAAUAGUAGUAAUAGCAAAGGUGAAGUGGCAUUUUUUGUCACCUUUUGCAACUUUACAUAAGGCUUAAAUCUACAUAUACAAUGCAUGAUCAUUUCUUUAAAACACCUCUCUUUAUAGUACCCUUUUUUGAGAAAAUAACUAGCACAUAUAUUUUGAGCUCCGAUCGCAGUUAACUUGUGUCAUCGGAGAUGGCAACCGAUGCAGAUAUCGUAAUUCGACUACCGGUGUGUGAAGCAAGAGUGGAGCAACUUGAAAAUGUUGUAGAUACUAUUGUCAAGAUUUCUAUGAGUGAAGUCCCCCAAGAAAACCAGAAUCAAGAUGACAAACACAAUGAACUUCCUAUGGUUAAGGGUGAGAAUUUUUUAAAAUCACCCGUGACUAGUGAGGUUCAUUCCGAAGCAAAUGGUGUUGCACCCGAUGCCAGUAAGGUCGUUGAGCCCGCAGAAGAAAGCCAACAGAAUGUCGAAGUAUCAAACAACAAGGAUGGUGACGAAGACAGAGGUGUGGUACGAGAAGAAAAAUGCAGCAUGGUUUCAUCAGUAGCCGUUGCCCCAGAAAUGAAGGCGGGAGAUAUAAUAGAUGCUUGUCAUAUAGAUGAUGCAGCGGGGGUGACUCAACUAUCUAAAGAGACAAGCAACGACCAUCAUGGCUCGUAUGAUUCCUCCACCGCUGAAAAUGUUGCCCUUCCAAAGGAGAUAUUACUGGAAUCUAGUCUCGUGAGCAAAGAAACUGAGCCUCGUACACCUUGCAUCUCACAAAGUGAGAAGCUGAAUCUCCAAUCAGAGUCAACAGAUGACAAAUUUACAAAUGGAAAGCCAACAAAAGAGGAUUUGUCGUCUAAUCUCACAUUAUAUCCGGAGCCAAUAGAAAAUGAGAGAAGUGUUGAAUAUGAUUUCAACACAACUGCAGAGAAAGCAAGCCAUGAAGAUAUUUCACCUCAAGAAACGAUCACACCACUCGAUACUUCUAAUGGCGACAAGUUAAUGAGCAAGAGUGAGUUAAACACACCAUUCUCUAAAGAAGAAGAUACGGUCGCACAGAAAGGUGACAAGUCUGUGACAGCGUCAGAAGACCAUGGAGUUACCUCAAAGAAGACUUUGAGUGAGAGCCAUGGAGAUGUCGAAUGUCAGUCUCAAACCUUGGAAGAUGUUGCUACAGGUCUUAACGACUUAAAGCGUGUUGAGAAGUUUGAGGAGAGCUCACCUGUCCAAGUUGAAGACGCACAGAUAGAACGUGAUGAUCAUUUUGAAGAAGAAAGUGAGAGGCUGCCAUUGACAGAAGUAUCAACCGAGGGGCCAGCUGAAAACGUUGCCCUAGAAGCCACGGAUAAUGUGAAAGACAGGGAAGACCUCAAAGAAGUUGAAGUUUCUGAGAAUGAGCAUAAGGGAGAUCUUGCAGAAUCUUUUCAUGCAUCCCCUGAAAAUAUUGAAGUGUCUGAUUUGAGCCAAGAAGACAGCGUAAAAGCUACUCCAGAGGAGCAAAGCAGAAAUGUAAUUCCACAUGGAGACACAAUUAAGGCAAACAAAGCAACAAUAAAUGCAGAUGAUCGACAUGAAGAACGUCUUGAGGUUUUUCCAACAAUUAUUUUAAGUUCCCACGAAGGAGUAAUCAUGAAUGCGGUUCUACAAGAAGAUACGAAAGUCCAUACGUAUGGAAAAGUAGUUGAGGAGGUUGACAAUCACAAGGAAGUUCUUGAGAACACAGAUCAAACAUCAAAAGACGGCCUUGAUACUUUAGUUGAUCGACCAGUGGAAUUGGCCAAAAAUGAAGACGCAUCUGCCAAAGAAACCCAACGGAGUACUGAAGAAUCCAACAACACUGACAAAUAUGGCGAUAUAGAUGCAGUACCAGAGGUGUGCUGUGCGGAUUCGUCAGUUGCAAUCUCAGAAAUAAAAGUGAGAGAUACACUUGUUGAUCCUGAUAUGGACGAUGCGAAGGUGGUGACUCGGAUAUCUAAAGACACAAGUAGCGAUCAUCAUGGCAUAAACGAUUCCUUCACUGAAGAUGUUGCGCUUACAGAUGAGAUUUUAAAGAAAACUGAGUCUCAUACGCCUUGCAUCUCUGAAGGUUCUGAAGAUAAGGAGUCAAAUAUCCUAGUGACAAUAACAGACAACAAAUCUGUGGAUGAGAAACCAACAGAAGAGGAUAUUUCAUGUAAUCUCACAGAUGAAGUCUCUAAGGAAGGGGAAUCUGACCUCAAUAAGAUGAUCGCGGAACAGGAGGAACUGGAAAAUAAUAGAAGUGUUGAAAAUAUUACAUCUGGAGAAACAAUCAAAACACUUGAGACUUCUAAUAGUGACGAACUACGGAGCAAGAAUGAAGAAGAAACGAUCGUACAGAAAAGCAAUGAGCCUGCGACAACUUCAGUAGAUUAUGGAGUUCCCUCAGAUAAUACUUCGAGUGAGAGUCACGCAGGCGUAGAAUGCCAGGAUAAAACCUUGGAAGAUGCUGCUACAAGUCAUAGUGACAUAAAGGUUACAGAAAAGUCUAAGGAGAUAUCAGUUACCCCAGUCGAAGACUCACAAAUAGAUCAUAAUGAGCAUUUGGAAGAGGAGGGGCUGCCAUUGACAGAAGCGUCAACAUGGGGCACCAAUGACAACGUCUCAAAAGACACAUGUGAAGCCAAAGAACAGGAUGAAGACCACGAAGAAGCAACAUUUUCUGAAAGCGAGCAAAGUACAAAAUGUACCUUGGUGACAGAAGGUGCACAAAUAGAAAAUACUGCAGAAUCCUUGAAUGUGCCCCAUGAAAAUAUUAGAGUUUCUAAUAUUAGCCAAGAAAACAACAUUGAAUUUCUUCCAGAUGAACAAAGCACUAAUGCACACCGGCAUGGAAACAAAAUUAAGGCAGAGGAAGCAACAAUUGAUGCAGCUGAGGGGCAGAAGAACGGUCGUGAGUGUGUUUUAUGGUGUAGGAAGAGGAGUAAAUGGUGAGACAAAGAAGGAAGCUCGGAGGGUGAAAAUCUGUGCAGAAAGCUCUCAAAAGUGGCCACCCGGCCGGGUCAAUUUAAUGCCUAAUAAUUCAACCCGGCCGGGUGAUUUUCGCGAGGCAUGAGAAAUCCAGGAGGGGUCGAAUUUAUGUCACCCGGCCGGGUUAAUUUUAUGCCCAAAAAUUCAACCCGGCCGGGCUGAUGAGCGAACUGCAAAUUAGCAGUUUAUACUGCAGUUUCGUUUUUUCGAGGGGAAAAAGGCGGAGAAGUGACGUGAGGGAGGAAGAAAGAGGUGUCAGGGACGAAAAAGAAAAGGUAGAGGAGAGAAGAAAAAAGCUGAGAAGAAAGGGACGUGUGAGGGAGCAUUGAUUAUUCAACAAAUUGUUAGAAUUAAGAAAAAGGAGAAGUGCCGAUUUGUGCUGGGGGAAUUAUUAAAACAAUUUAUCAACAAUAUUCUUCAAGCUUA